CCAUUCAUUGUUCAUAGAUGACAGUACACCAUGCGAGAUUGUUGAUGAUCAUCAUUUGUGAUUGAUUUGAAAUAUUGUACGCAUCAUUUUUUCGUGAAAAACAUGAACGAUAUUCGCUUUGUUCGUUAUGGUGAUCUAAUCUUGUUUAAUGAGCAAUCUUUUUUGUCUGAGUUCAAUCUCAACUCAAGAGAUGAUGAAUUGUUCCAGACCAUUCGAAAAAAUUCCAAUGAAAAAUUCGAACAAUUGCGACAAAGAUUACGAUUUAAACGUGCUGCACUCAUAUCGAAAAUUAUUGACGAUGAUUUCCGUACACCAAAUGUUCACCUUUUCUACAGUCAAGAUUAUGAUUCUUGUUCAGACAAUUCAAUAGAUCCAUGGGCAUUACAAAUCGAUAAUGGAAUCAAAUAUACGUUUGAUAUAACCAGGACUAUGUUUUGUAAAGGAAACAUUAGUGAAAAAAUACGUCUAGCAAAAUUUGAUUGCCAUGAUGAAAUUGUUGUCGAUCUUUUCGCUGGUAUCGGUUAUUUUGCCCUAAUAUUUGCCGUACAUUGCCAUGCACGACAUGUUUAUUGUUGUGAAUGGAAUCCAGCCGCUAUCGAAGCAUUACGGCGAAAUAUUCAACUGAAUCAUGUGCAAGAUCGUAUGACUAUUUUUGAAGGUGAUAAUCGUCAAGUUUGUCCUCGUGGCAUUGCUCAUCGUAUUCACAUGGGAUUAAUACCCACUAGUUUAGAUUCAUUGGAAAUUGGUUGUCAAGCAUUAGAUCUAAACAGUGAUAAAGAUCUGAUUAUGCAUGUACAUGAAAAUCUAAGUUAUUAUGAACUAAUCAAACAAUCAAUUGGCCAAAACAAACGAGCUAUUGUGGAUGAACAUCGAAAAAAAUGGGCAACAAAUAUUUGUGAACAAAUUUCAACUAUACUAACGAAAUUGUCUGCAAAAAAUAACGAUUUUCCAUUAUAUGAUGUGUCCUAUGGUCAAAUCAUACGUAUUAAACGGUAUGCACCACAUAUUGAUCAUAUGGUUGUCGAUGUUUGUAUACGAAAAUGGAAAAAAUUCUGAUUGGUAUAAUUAAUCAAAUUAAGUUCAUACAUGGUUAGUAUUCGUUUGCAUUGUAUGAAAUGAUCACUUUUUUGGUUUUACACACACAAAUAUAAAGCGGAUUAAAAAAAAUCCGCCUGUUGUGUGUGCGUUUGCGUUGAGAGAGUGUCAAC